CCAUCUAAUCUCAAUAUAUACAACUCUCUAAAAGCUUAAGAGACCUAAAACAGAACAAAGAUGCUUUAUAGGUUACUCUUUCUUGUGUGUCUUUUGGUGAUCAUUCAUACGGUCUGCGCAAGAGAGUUUGUGGUAGGAGGAUCAAAGGGUUGGACUGUUCCCUCAGAUCAUCAACUCUACAAUCAAUGGGCAGAGCAAAGCAGAUUCCAAAUCAACGACUCUCUGCUUUUCGUCUACCGACCAAACCAAGACUCAGUGCUUCAAGUGACAAGAGACGCUUACGAUAGCUGCAACACAGACGGAGCCACCAGUAAAUUCACAGACGGACACACUUCCUUCACGCUUGACCGGUCUGGACCAUACUAUUUCAUCAGUGGAGACAAAGACAAAUGUCACAAGAACCAGAAGCUUGUAAUCAUCGUCAUGGCUGAUAGAAGCAGUAGCAACACAACAACUCCAUCAUCACCACCACCUUCUCCUUCAGUAGAAUCCUCACCUUCUCCUUCUUACACUGGAACCUUUGAAAUAACCCCGGCGCCUUCACAAGAGACUCCAGGAAACACAGCUUCGCCUUCUUCUUCCUCUCUUUUGCCUUCUGCUCUCAUUGUUACUCUGUUUCUCUCUCUUUUCAGCUAA